UGAGCCGCAGUUCUCGCUCGAUACCUACCGCUGCCGUCGCCGCUGCGUGCCGCUCUCUAUCUGGUUGCGAGGCGAUGCUGUGUCCGUGGCAACCUCUGCUGCCGCUGGUGCUGGCUGUCUGGGCCUCAGUGUCGAGCGGAGAGCUGUUGGUGCGCAAGUGCUGCGGCCAGCAUCAGUUCAUGGACGACAAACACGUGUGUCGCGACGCAGACGCCAGCCAGGACAACAGCGACGACCCCUGGUGGUGGCUGCCCAAGAGCUCCGUCAGUCUCAACGACACCUUCGUUGAGCCGGAGAACGUGACGCGGGUUCUGUCUGGCGUGAGAGUCGAGUACAACGCGACAGCCACCUGCGACCAGGAGUCGCAGCUCGAGCUGGUGAACGUGCCCGGACAAGACGUAGACGAGUUUCACCUGCAUGUAGGGUCUCAACAGGUGGAGCUGGAGGUGCUGGUCCUGGACACGGCCCCAGAGGGCGCGCUGGUGCCGGCGACCUCCUUCUGCGUGGAUGGCAUGCGCGAGGGCAGCACGGCACUACACGUCGCCUUCGCCUGCGUGUGUGCGGGGGCGGCUCCCUGCGUUCGCAAGUGCUGCAAGGACUACAUGGCCUACGACCCCGCCGGCGACGGCCGCUGCGCAAUAGUCUCGGACGAGGAGUGGGACAGGGACCCGGAUAUCGGCUUCUGGCGGCCCACGCUGCAGGACCGUACAGCCACCCCGAAGCACUUUGUGGUACGCGCCCGUAAGCCGCGCUGCAGCCUGAGAACCUACAGCACACAGGGCAACGCGUCCGGCUUCGUCUUGCGCGACGACGGCCACCUGCUGGUGCCGACCGGGGCGUGGCUGGCGCCGGAGGAGUUCUGCGCGGAGCGCGUGCUGUUCAGGGACUCCUGGCUGGUGGUGUUCGCGUGCCUGAAGCCGGCGCCGGCGUCGUCGGCGCUGCACGUGGUGGAGGGCGUGCUGUUGGCGCGCCUCUCGCUGGCGCACAACGCCACGCUGGCCGCCGCCUUCGUCGCCACCGCCGUGCUGCACCUCAGCCCCGACGCGGGGUCGCCCACCGGCUGCGUGCUGCUCGCGUUCGUCAUACAGUUCACGUUCCUGGCAGCCUUCUUCUGGCUGAACGUCAUGUGCAUCGACAUUUCCUGGACCUUCACCGGGAUGCGCACGACGCGGUGCCCGGCGCUGGAGCGCGACCGCCGCCGCUUCCUGUGGUACUCGGCCUACGCCUGGGGCUGCACUGCUGCCAUCUGCGCGGCCGCCGUCGGCGCCGAGUUCUCACCCGCCGUGCCCGAAGACUCGCCCUUCAAGCCAAACAUCAAUAAGGGCACCUGCUGGUUCAAAGGGAAGCCGGCGACGCUGCUGUACUUCUACGGGCCGAUGGCGCUGCUGCUGGUGUCGAACCUGUGCCUGUUCGCGUACACGGCGGGCCGCAUCUGCGUGGCGCGGCGCGGCUCCGGCAUCCUGCGAAAGCCGGGCAGCCAGCGACACCACGGGGGCAGCAAGAGGCGCCAGCAGCAGGAGCAGCAGAAGGAACUGGGGCCGGGGCAGGCGCGCAGGGAGCAGCGCAGGGACCGCGAGAGGCUGGCCCUGUACGGCAAGCUGUUCGGCCUGAUGGGCGUAACGUGGCUGAUGGAGAUCGUGUCGUGGGCAGUGGGCGGGCCUGCCUACGUGUGGAUCGUGACUGACCUGGUGAACGUGAUGCGGCCGGCGUUCAUCUUCUACAUCUUCUGCUGCAACCGCACCGUCGUGAGGCAGCUCCGCACCAAGCUACCCAGCAGCUGGCCCUGCGCACUUGCGCCCUCCCAAGGUGGCGACAGCGUCCGCUCCGGGGGCGGCAGCAGCAGCGGCGCCCACUCCAGACCUACCGGCACCGCCUCCACCUCUGCCAACGCCCUCGAGAUGGCCAGCCUCCGCUCCUGAUGACGCUACCGCGCACCGAAACGCCGCGCACCAGCUGCGGGUGGCCAGCGACUUAGGACGUCUCCCGACGUAACACGGUCUUAUCCGUGUCGUGGACGCGUAAUGAUCGAUAGGUUACCUUCGUGAGACUUUACAAUAUCUAUUGCUGUAAUCUACUAGUAUUAUCAAAGUACCUGUCAUUUACAUUGUCAAAGAAAGUGUAGAUUUUUUCAGAUGCAUUAGAAUACUCACAAAUUUUAUUAUCUGAUGUGUAAUAAAAUAUUUCAAACCACAACAAAUGAUCUGUAAUGUUGUUAUACUUGAGACUAAGUAAAGUCAUUCAUCCUUUGUAUUCUCUGAGGUGAUAUC